GAGCCGCCCCCAGACUAGGCGGGCGGGCGCCUCAGUCAUGGCCCUGCGCAAGGAGCUGCUCAAGUCCAUCUGGUACGCUUUCACUGCGCUGGACGUGGAGAAGAGCGGCAAAGUCUCCAAGUCUCAGCUCAAGGUGCUGUCCCACAACCUCUACACGGUCCUGCACAUUCCCCAUGACCCUGUGGCCCUGGAGGAGCACUUCCGAGAUGACGACAAUGGUCCUGUAUCCAGCCAGGGCUACAUGCCCUAUCUCAACAAGUACAUCCUGGACAAGGUGGAGGAGGGGGCUUUCAUUAAGGAACACUUUGAUGAGCUCUGCUGGACUCUGACGGCCAAGAAGAACUAUCAGUUGGAUAGCAACGGAAACAGCCUGCUCUCCAAUCAGGAUGCCUUUCGCCUCUGGUGCCUCUUCAACUUUCUCUCUGAGGACAAGUACCCUCUGAUCAUGGUUCCUGAUGAGGUGGAGUAUCUGUUGAAGAAGGUGCUCAGCAGCAUGAGCUUGGAGAUGGGCCUGGGAGAACUGGAGGAGCUGCUGGCCCAAGACGCCCAGGAAGCCCAGACCACUGGAGGACUCAGCGUCUGGCAGUUCCUGGAGCUCUUCAACUCAGGUCGCUGCCUGCGAGGCGUGGGGCGGGAUACCCUCAGCAUGGCUAUCCACGAGGUCUACCAGGAGCUCAUCCAGGAUGUCCUGAAGCAGGGCUACCUGUGGAAGCGAGGGCACUUGAGGAGGAACUGGGCAGAACGCUGGUUCCUGCUGCAGCCCGGCUGCCUCUGCUACUUUGGAAGUGAAGAGUGCAAGGAGAAAAGGGGUACUAUCCCACUGGACCAGCACUGCUGCGUGGAGGUGCUGCCCGACCGUGACGGGAAACGCUGCAUGUUCUGUGUGAAGACUGCCUCCCGCACCUAUGAGAUGAGCGCUUCAGACACGCGCCAGCGCCAGGAGUGGACUGCUGCCAUCCAGACCGCUAUCCGGCUGCAAGCCGAGGGGAAGACUUCACUGCACAAGGACCUAAAGCAGAAGCGGCGCGAGCAGCGGGAACAGCGGGAGCGGCGCCGGGCAGCCAAGGAGGACGAGCUGUUGCGGCUUCAGCAGCUGCAGGAGGAGAAAGAACGGAAGCUGCAGGAACUGGAGUUGCUGCAGGAGGCGCAGCGGCAGGCUGAGCGCCUGCUGCAGGAAGAGGAGGAACGGCGCCGCAGCCAGCACCGUGAGCUGCAGCAGGCGCUCGAGGGCCAGUUGCGAGAAGCAGAGCAGGCCCGGGCCUCCAUGCAGGCUGAGAUGGAGCUCAAGGAGGAGGAGGCUGCCCGACAGCGGCAGCGCAUCGAGGAGCUGGAGGAGAUGCAGCACCGGCUGCAGGAAGCGCUGCAUCUGGAGGUGAAAGCUCGGCGGGAUGAAGAGGCAGUGCGUCUAGCCCAGACCAGACUGCUGGAGGAGGAGGAGGAGAAACUGAAGCAAUUGCUGCAGAUGAAGGAGGAACAGGAGCGCUACAUCGAGCGUGCUCAGCAAGAGAAACAAGAACUGCAGCAGGAGAUGGCGCAACAGAGCCGCUCCCUGCAACAAGCCCAGCAACAGCUGGAAGAGGUGCGGCAGAACCGGCAGAGGGCCGAUGAGGACGUGGAGGCUGCCCAGCGGAAGUUGCACCAGGCCAGCACCAAUGUGAAACACUGGAAUAUCCAAAUGAACCGCCUCAUGCAUCCUAUUGAGCCUGGAGACAAGCGGCCCACCACCAGCAGCUCCUUCACAGGUUUCCAGGCCCCUCUGCUUGCCCGCCGUGACUCCUCCCUAAAACGCCUGACCCGCUGGGGAUCUCAGGGCAAUAGGACCUCCUCACUCAACAGCAGUGAGCAGCAGAAAUCCCUCAAUGGUGAAGAUGAAGCUCCCACCCCAGCUUCCACCACUCAGGAAGAGAAACUGGAUGCAGCACCUGAAAAUUAGCCUCUGCUAGCUCUUUGUUCCCCACAAUCUCAUGCCCACCAGGACCCACAACAGCUGGUUUGUGGGUGACACUGGCCCCUGCUGGUGCCAGGGGCCCAGCCUUCUAACCAUGAAACAGUCCAGGAUGGAUACAGACUCUUCUUUCAUACCUGCCCCAGGCCCCAGACUACUGAGGCUGUCUGGGAUGUUGAUCCUUGAGAACUUAACUGUGUGCCUUAGCCUCGAGGACCCAAUGACCUGCUCUGGGAAAGACGGUGAGAAAAGCUAGAAGAGCUUUUUUCUGCCCCCAAGUUUUGGAGGCACAUUUCUAAAUAAAAACUGCUCUU